AUGAUCCACAACCUUUCCAUAGUACGAACCGCAUUGCCCCGAAUCAAUCUUCGUCCUAUCUACACUUUGACGGCAAGAUGGCGUUCACUGCGCACUCUGGAAGAUAGCAGCUUGCACACCUUCCGCGAUAAUGCCUUUAUCCCGUCGAAGCCAGCUCUGCUACCCAAAGCACAUUUCAUUGCACUUCCAAGCAUACAGAAGUGGUUCCGCACCACCCAAGAUGGGACGGGAGGAGUGGCUCUCAACUACUCGCAUCUCAGCAAGUUCGGUGAUGCCAUCGUGCCUCUAGAGUUUACACGUCUGUCUACAGCAUCUGCCGCGAACCAGUACGAAGACUCCUUCCAGCGGGCCGACGUGCCUUUGUACAUAUUCCUGGAAUGGACCAAAUCUGCAUCCUGGGAGACUUCAGAGCGACUGUAUCUCGCACAGGCUUCUUUUGCUAAUCUACCAGAAGCUUUGAAAGUGGACUUGCCCACGCCUGAGAUCGUGGCAAAUUCUGGUAUAGGCGAUAUCUAUGAUACGAAUAUCUGGAUGGGUAUUCCACCCACCUACACACCACUCCAUCGUGAUCCUAACCCAAACCUCUUUGUACAACUCGCCGGUCAUAAGAUUGUUCGAAUCCUGCCCCCAGAGAUCGGGGACAAGGUCUUCGAACAGGUCCAAAAUGCUUUGGGCCGAUCAGGGUCCGCAGCCUUCAGAGGAGAAGAUAUGAUGAAGGGGGAGGAAAAGAGAUUGCUCGAGGACCAACUCUGGAAUGAUACUUCCGUACUGGACGAGGCCGGCGAGGGUGGAUAUGAAGCACAUGUUGGGAGAGGCGACGGUCUAUUCAUCCCGAAAGGAUGGUGGCAUAGUGUCAAGGGCGUAGGCGACGGAAUCACGGGAUCUGUGAACUGGUGGUUCCGGUGA